GAGUUUAUUUGCAAAGCCACAGCAGAGCCCCUUAACCAGCCAAUACCAUGAGUCUUAACCUAGAAACCCAGAGGGUGUCGUCCUACAGGAAGAUGUUUCCUGGCCGGGACUUGAAGAAACAGUCAAGCGGACUGUACUCUCUGGGCAGCUCCCCUCGCUAUGGGUCAAUCAUGUUCUCCAGCAGCCCGCGGGUCUCUAUGGGGCGGGCGAAGAGCUCUGCGCUGGGUCUGAGCCAGGACCGGGUGGACUUCUCCCUGGCCGACGCCCUCAACGCUGAAUACAAGGAGACCCGCACCAAUGAGAAGGUGGAGAUGAUGGACCUGAACGACCGCUUCGCCAGCUACAUUGAGAAGGUGCGCUUUCUGGAGCAGCAGAACAAGGUGCUGGUGGCAGAGCUGAACCAGAUCAGGGGCAAGGAGCCCACCAGGCUGGGAGACAUCUACCAGCAGGAGCUGCGGGAGCUGAGGAAGCAGGUGGACCAGCUCAGCACCGCCAAAGCCAGGACUGACAUCGAGAGGGACAACCUGGCCCAGGACCUGGGCAACCUGCGGCAGAAGUUAGAGGACGAGAUUAAUCUGCGUCUGGAGGCUGAGAAUAACCUGCACUCAUACAGACAGGAUGUUGACGAGGCAGCAUUGAACCGUGUUGCGCUGGAGAGGAAGAUUGAAGCCCUGCACGAGGAGAUCAACUUCCUCAAGAAAAUCCACGAUGAGGAGCUGCGAGAGAUGCUGGAGCAGGUGUCCAGCCAGCAGGUCCACGUGGACAUGGACAUGUCCAAACCAGACCUGACCACAGCGCUGAGGGACAUUCGCACCCAGUACGAAGCCAUGGCCAGCUCCAACAUGCAGGAGACUGAGGAGUGGUACCGGUCCAAGUUUUCAGACAUGACGGAUGCAGCCAAUAGAAACGUAGAGGCACUGCGGCAGGCGAAGCAGGAAGCCAAUGAGUACCGGCGCCAGAUCCAGGUCAUGACCUGCGACCUGGAGGCACUUAGAGGAAGUAACGAGUCUCUGGAGAGGCAAAUGCGUGAGAUGGAGGAGCAGUUUGCUAUUGAGUCUGCGAAUUCUCAGGAGUCUGUGGCACGGCUGGAGGACGACAUCAACAGCCUGAAGGAGGAGAUGGCGAGGCACCUGCAGGAAUACCAGGACCUGCUGAACGUCAAGCUGGCCCUUGAUAUCGAGAUUGCCACCUACAGGAAGCUGCUGGAGGGAGAAGAAAGCAGAAUCACUGUUCCUGUUCAAAGCUUCUCAAACCUUCAGCUCCGAGAAACAAGCCUGGACACCAAACUGUCUCCUGAGUCUCACGUGAAGAGGACUGUUCUGGUUAAAACCGUGGAGAUGAGAGAUGGGGAGAUAAUCAAGGAGUCAACGGCGGAGCGUAAGGACCUGGCCUGAGGGUCUCCCCUGAGCCUGAUGCAGAGAGUGGCUCUAUAGCAAGCUUAGCUUCUCCCCCCACUGUAGACUAGACUGCCGUGACCAGCACUGACCUCAGUAUGCCUCUAUGUGCCGUCUGUCUGCGAGUGUGUGUCUGUCUGUCUGUCUGUCUGCGAGUGUGUGUCAGUGUCUCAUAUUGUCUGUCUGUCUGCCUGCGAGUGUGUGCCAGGGCCUCAUAGUGUAUGUCUGUCUGUCUGCGAGUGUGUGUCAGUGUCUCAUAUUGUCUGUCUGUCUGCCUGCGAGUGUGUGCCAGGGCCUCAUAGUGUCUGUCUGUCUGUCUGCGAGUGUGUACCAGUGUCUCAUAGUGUCUGUCUGUCUGCCUGUGAGUGUGUGCCAGUGUCUCACAGUGUCUGUCUGCCUGUGAGUGUGUGUCAGUGUCUCAUAGUGUCUGUCUGUCUGCCUGCGAGUGUGUGCCAGUGUCUCACAGUGUCUGUCUGUCUGUCUGUCUGCAAGCAUGUACCAGUGUCUCAUAAUGGCUGUCUGUCUGUCUGCGAGUGUCUGUAAAGGAUGAACGUGUGUGUGUGUGUGUAUUUAUGUGUGUGUGUGUCUGUGAGUCUGUAUGCACGUGUGUGUCCCCAGCCCCACUGUCCCCAGUCCCGUGUCCCCAGCCCCGCUGUUCCCAGCCCCGCUGUCCCCAGUCCCGUGUCCCCAGCCCCGCUGUCCCCAGUCCCGUGUCCCCAGCCCCGCUGUCCCCAGCCCCCUCUUCCUGCACGCAGUCUGCACUCUCCCUGGAAGCUCUUGCUACUCACGUUAUGCAAUUUGUUUGUUUUGUGGAUACCGUGACAGAAAGCAAUUGGGGAUGUUUUAUGGUCUUGGUGUAUGUUGAGCUAAGGGAGAGAGGGAGUGAAAGAGAGAAAGAGAGAGGGCGAGAAAAAGAGAGCGCAGUAUUCCAGGGUUCAGGGAAGAAGGGAUUCAAAUUAGAAAAGGAGGGUUGAUAUUUCCAGGGUUCGGGAAAGAAGGGAUUCAAAUUAGAAAAGAGGGCUGAUAUUUCCUGAGGUUCAGUUUGCAGCCCCUGGGCACUCUCUAACAGAGACUCAUUCCACUUUAGGCACAGAGAAAUCUAGGACAGUGUUUGAUAGACAAGCACUUUGACACUCGCUCUUACCAGUCCUGGUUUGGUUUUGUUUACUGUCUCGAUUGUAGCCCCAGAAACAACCCAGGAUAGAAAACAAAGCUGUUCUAAAAACCCCAGUCUAAUCUGAAGAGAAGAGGCUUUUUUAUAAAACCCCACCUUACACAAGCCCUCUACCUCGCCACCACUACAGUGAACCAACCCCUAUUUGAGGACUCACUGCAUCUCACCCCUCACUCC